AUGAUACCCGGCUGCGUCGAGGUACAAGCCGGCGAGCUGGAUGCUAGCCUCCACCGUGCCAAUCUACACCUCCGACUUUCCGGAUUCCUUGGCGAAUGGCUUUGUCUUGGCCACGUAUUCCUUGAUGACCAGGCUGCACGUGUGCUCGGCACACAAUCUCUUACGGCGCUGGAGCGGCAGCUUGUGGGCAAAUUCGAGCCCGCUAGCCCGCUCGACCAUUUCCAGCGGAACCUCGAACUCGGCGAUGGGUUUCGUGUUGGGAAUGCGAGCAUUGGGCAGCACAAAGGCGCCAAGAGCAACGGGGCCCGCCGCCGUACCGUCCUCGGCAAAGAUGACUUUGUAAAAGUGGGUGGGGACGGCGAUGUUGGGCGGGUUACCGAUGACUUCGUAGUUGACCCGCCACUUUCCGUCGGCUGCGUCCUUCUUGGGCAGAUACAAGGGGCCGGUGACGAUGCGGACCGAGGGGUAGCGCUGGGUCAGGCGUCGGCAAAAGUCCUCGAAGUGGGCCCAAUAAUCGCGAUUGAAGCCCUCGCCGACCUGCGGGCACAUGUUGCUGAGGUAGAAGGUAUCGUUCAUGGCUGGCUGGGACCACUUGGCGUCGGCCGCCGGCACCUGGUGACCGCGGUCGUAGCCCGAGCGCGCGUAGUCACUCAGCUUGCCGCGGAACUUCUCCGGCACAUCUUUGUCCUCGAGAAAGGUACUCGCCUUGCGAUCGCCCGUCGAUAUGGUCAGAGAGUCGGGAGUCAAGUGUUCGGCGACCCAGAAGGGAUUUCGCGUGCGUCGAUCGUAGGCAGAGACGAGAGCAUGGCGAUGCGCCACGUCCGCCACCGGGCCGGGGAAGCCAUACUGAAAGAGACCGGCCGGAUCUACCGGUGA